AUGUGCCUGGGACAUUACACGCCACAAUUGCUUUUGGUGAGUUUGUUUUUCGUAUUCCACGUGCACGCUAUGAAUGCACUACACACGGUUAUUUAACACAGAAGCGAGAAAAAAGUGGUCCGUAUUAAUAUUACCAGUGUACAGCGGUAAAACAAAACAAGGGAAAUUUCCCCGUUGACCCAACGGGCGUGGCGAAAAGGUUACGGCGACGACGAACACGACGACGACAGUGGCGAAAACGUAUCUUUAAAAGUGAAUUCACGCUGUUUCAAAAUUCAUCGCUCGUAUUCCAUGCCGUUCAAUAGACCAUUUUACAGUUGUGAACUUAGUACUCUAACCUUCGAGUGAAUGUGAGGCUGAGGUUGACCUUGUUUUGACAAACCUUCUUUGCGUUGUUAUGGAAAUUGUCCUUGAGAAAUACUAGUGAGUAUAAGAAUAACUUGAUUUCCAUAGAAGGUUUGUAUCAAAACAAAUCGAAACAAGGUUAACUCAAAAUGGCCUAUUUGUCAAAUGCAACGACGGUAAUGAAAUUAAUAAAAACAUGAUGCAUCUGCAAAGUUUUGUUUUGAUAAUCUUAUGACCCUAUUCCUUGUUGCCGUCGUCGUCGCCGUUGCUGCGUAAACUUGUUAUUCAAGUAAUAUUAACAAGAGUUGACGAGUUUUAUCUUACAGUGACAUAAACAACACGUAUAAGUCAAAACUUUUUUCUUUUCAUUUGCAGGUUAAAUACUGCAUCGAGGUGGGCAUUUCCGCUGACUCGGCAUCCACGCUUUUCAUCUUUAUCGGUUUAGCGUCAUCAUUUUCUCGUGUAGUCACGGGAAGAAUGUGUGACAUUUCUUGGAUAAACAUUAUUUUUGUUUACCAGUUUGGUAAUCUACUUGUAGGCCUAAUUACCAUUUGUCUCCUACUGAUUAGAGACUACACAGGAAUGGUUAUAUUUGCAAUAGUAUAUGGAGUCGGUGACGGCAUUUUUAUUACAACAAUGAACUCCCUUCUCGUGUUCACGGUUGAAGAGAAGCGCAGAGCACCCGCCUUAGGACUUGGAAAUUUUUUACUGUCUCUGGGCAUUGCCGGAGGGCCUCCUUUGGCCGGUGAGAAUAUUUUUUUAAUCCAAGACAUUCUUUUAUUUAACUCUGUGUUUUAAGUCGGGUCGAAUUCCGCCGCUGUCUCGAGUCCGGGGCCCGUUUCUCAAAAGGCCCGGGACUUUUCGGGCCCGAAGGAAAAUUGGAAAGUCAAAACCCGUACGCGCGUUGAAUAGUAGCACAGUUACUAGCUUGCAAACCAGUCAAUUCUGCUACUUAACUAUCAUUGUAUCGUUUUCAAUAUUGUUAAAACUUUUGUUCUGAUUUCAAACAAGGCAAGCAUAAAACAAUUUUUCUUGCCCGAAAAGUUACCGGGACUUUUGAGUAGCCUGGAAAAAACAGCCAACAUUUCGCGGUGCCACCACUGGUUUCCCUGCGAACGGACGUUUGAGAGACGAGCGUAGAAAUUCCAUACUGAUCACGUGUCACUACCCAGAUCUGGGUAGCGCUUCUGAUUGGUCGAAGCAAAUUUCCCACGCGGCACGACCAAUCAGAAGCACUACCCAGAUCUGGGUAGUGACGCGGGGUAGUGGUCAAUUCUAAAGGUCGCGAAUGUAACGUUGAAGUACUCUAAUGACAAUCCCAUAUAAAUCAGUAAAGCUCUCUCCGCCGGCCUAGUUUCGAAGUUUUAUAAGCCGCCAUUAAACCUCCCACUAAAUUAAGCAGCACGACACUUUCUUUACCAACUAAUUCCUUUAUUAAGUUACUGUUAACUACAUGUCUUGGUUAGCUAAAUUUCAUGUAAAAUGGUCUCGAUCAACAUCAUAUUUUGCAGGAUUCUUAGCCGACAAGUUCAAUUGCUAUAGGUGGUCAUUCAUAGUGGCUGGAAUUUUGAUGCAGUGUGCAGGGAUUCUUCCUUUCGUCCUCGUGUGGCUCAAAAAAGACGAAUACAGACAUUCAGUU